AUGCCGCCAAAGUCACGUGCUAAGAAGGCCAACGCCAAGGUUGCUGCUCGUAAGCAGCCGUUCAGUGCACCUGUCACGCCAAGGAGGGCUGAUGGAGCUCUAAGCAACGACAAUGCUGCUGAUACGCCGAUAACGGGCCCUAUUCAUGUGGAUCGCCCAGAGUCUUCGUCAAUAGCCGCUGCCAGGCUGUCUGCACUGAAAGGGAAGGGACACGCGGAAGAAACAGUCAACAAACAAGAGAGUCUUCGUAAGCCGGAGAUGCCUGAGUCAAUGUCGCCGGAUGCUGAGGCUGACAUGGAGUUCCCUGAAGAGGAAGAAGACGUAGACGCUGAUGGAUCUGGUUAUCUCAGUGACGACUCGGAUGAAGGAGCUGACCCUGUCAUGGCUGGUCUUGUUGCUGCACAUAUCUGUUAUACGCUAACCUUGCUGAUCCCAGAUAAGCACAUUGAGGAGGUUCCUCGUACCAUGGAAUCGGUCAUGGCGCACCUGGUCCACUGGAAGAAGGAACUCUCUGCUGAUGCGCCUGCAACAACGAAGUUUCAGAAACUCCAGCCGACUUACCUGUCGAAGGAGCGCUUUGGUCGUGUUCAAGUCACCUUCGUCCAUGAGAAGGAUGCUGCUUUUGUCUGGAAGCAUGCUGUUGCUCAUGACUGCCUUAACGGUACCUCUCUGAAGUUGACAUGGCAGUUUCCAGAGAAUGCGGAUUAUGUGCGCGCUCGCUCCCUCCACCCGAACGCCUUUGAAGUGGUGCUGAAGGGGGUCCCGGCAGAGCUGACUCCGGAGCGAAUCCGCAAGUUCCUGGUGAUGGUGUGGUUGGUGAAGAGGGGGAAGACACCGUUUAAGGAAGGUUAUGGUUUCCACCGCGUGCAAGAUCCGGUGUUAGGGAUGGACACAGACAAGAUUCUUGGCCUUCUCAUCCAGCACGAAAACGAUCUCUACCGCUGGCGUCACUUCAUCGUUGACCCUGCUAUGAAUGGGAAGAAGCUGCUGCUGCACUUCCCCUCGCUCAACUGUGACUACUGCAACGGCCAUCACAUGACACGCUACCACGACGACUACGUCACUGACCGUCAGGCCAACAUUAUUAAGGCAGAAGCAGCUGCAGUAGUGGACCCAGGUGGUGCAGCAGGCGGGGUUGCGGUGCUAAGAGAUCUCAACAUUGUGGCCGACCCCAUCAUGGACAAGACGUCGAGGCAAGGCUCGGAUGCGGAAAACAGGAGGCUCCUGCACAUAUGCUCUAAGUGGGACUUACGUGAUGUUUUCCGGACGCUGUACCCAUCGCGACUGGAAUACACCUUCUUAGCAAGGCCAACGUUGUCAAGCUCCCGCAUAGAUCGCGCUCUGGCAUCGUCCUCCAUGCUUCCGCUGGUAGCUGAUGCUUAUCACUUGGCAUCGCCGCCCGACGUCACGGACCACUGGUUUGGCAUCACCACAGUACUGACCGCGCAGACAAGAGAGGCGCAGGGCCCGGGGCUAUGGAGGAUGCAUGCGGAUCAGACGAAACACCCAGGGGUACGGAACACCAUCCGGCAGGUGCUGUCGGAGCAAGGUGGGACCGGCAAGCCAGACCUGCACUCCACACUCGCAGGGCUGCAAGCCAGCCUCAAAGCUCACGCAAGGGAGGAAAGAAAGAGGAUUGGAAAGACAAUAGCACAUUUGGAGGAUAGGGUGGCAGCACUGCGACAAAAGUUUAUGGCGGACUCGAGUCAAGGAGGGAAAUAUGCGGAGCUGACCAAGUACGAGGCACAACUCAAGGCGUACCGCGAUAGCCAGCGGAGGCGGAAGCAAACAAUGGCAGGGAUUGGUGCGGAGAUGAACGGCGAAAUCGCGAAUAAAUUCCUAACUCAGAGGAUUUCUUCGCGAAAGGCGAAAACGGCGAUCAAGGAGAUUGUACAUGACGGCAAAAAAUACGAAGGGGAGAGGGAGGUCUUGACAGCGGCAUCCGACUUCUACGCCAAACUUUUUGGAGCAAAACAGCAGGUGGCGGAGUUGGAAGAGUGGCCGAUGGACCCAACGAAAACACUGAGCGCGGAAGCAAGGCAGGGACUCAUAGCACCCUGGACAGAGAAGGAGGUUAGACGGGCGAUGCGAGAACUGCCAAGGGGGAAAGCGCCAGGGGCAGACGGCCUGACGAAGGAACUGCUUGAAGACAACUGGGACUUGCUGGGGGAGUCGGUAAUGGAUUUCAUGAGAGGCUUUGAAAAAACAGCGGAGCUGCCAAGGAGCGCGUCAACGGCAGUGACAAUCCUGUUGCACAAAAAAGGGGAGAGGACGGAUCUGGGGAAUUACAGGCCCAUCACCCUGCUAAAUGCGACGUACAAGAUCGCGGCGAAACUGCUUGCGAACAGGAUGAAGGGGGUGCUAUCUCAGGUCAUCUCGGAGAAUCAAUUCGGCUUCGUCUCGGGCAGGCGGUUGGCGGAUGCUGUUAAAGUAGUAGCGGACACUAUUGACGCAGCAGUGACAGGAAAAGAGGACUAG